CCUCAUUACUGCCGUUCCCAGCAAUCCUCGCUCUCUUCUCUGGUUCGCAAUCCAAGAUGGGUCGUGUCAGGACUAAGACAGUCAAGAAAGCUGCUCGAGUGAUCAUUGAGAAAUAUUACACUCGCCUUGGCAAUGACUUCCAUACCAACAAAAGGGUCUGUGAGGAAAUCGCCAUCAUUCCCAGCAAGAAACUUCGCAACAAAAUUGCAGGGUAUGUGACACACUUAAUGAAGCGUAUCCAGCGUGGACCUGUCAGAGGCAUCUCUAUCAAACUGCAGGAGGAAGAGCGGGAGAGGCGGGACAACUAUGUCCCUGAGGUCUCUGCGCUGGACCAGGAGAUGAUAGAAGUGGACCCAGAUACCAAGGAGAUGCUGAAGCUGCUGGACUUUGGCAGCCUGUCCAAUCUGCAGGUCACACAGCCUUCAGUAGGAAUGGCCUUCCGGACUCCAAGGAUCUAAAAUUAUUUGUAUGACAUCCCUCCAAAAUUAAACAAAAAGACAAAAA